AGUCCGGAUCUGUACACGAGAACUAACCCCGUCUUUGACUCACAGUGCAUGCCCCUUCUCGGAAUCGAGACACAGUACAACACCUCCGUUCGAUGCCCGCUACGGAUCCGCACUGGACGCGGUCGUCGCGUCCGAGCGGGUCUUUACAUGGCCACCAAGGUUCAUGCCCGAGCCGGAAGGGCUGUCUGGGCGAUGUCGAUGUGCCGAUCUCAUCCCUCGAUGGUCACUGCACGGCAGUGCUAAGUCAGCUAUCCGGUGUACAAGCCAAAGGUCAGUUAAUUCUCACCUGGGAUGGCCACCGACGACUGCCCUUGUCCGACAGCCAACAACACCCCUUCGCAAACACUACCCGGGCGUCGCCACUCAUCCUCGGAAGCUUCGGGCGCGUGACCGAACGUUCCGCCAGACCGGAGGUACGUGUUGUCGGUACACCCUUACUCGACGCCAGUCAGUACGAAUCCGGAUACACGCACUUUGAAUACAACUCGGGACGGAGUUGUUCACGUCCGAGCAAGUCCCUAUGCGCCUCGUUCGGUUCAUACCCGGAAGGGCAGCUCGGGCGAUGUCGACAUGCCGAUCCGAUACCCGGAUGCUCGCUGUGUACGAGUCGUCCAUCAGCCAUCGGACGUAUGAGCACAGAGGUCAGUCAUUCUCACCUGGGAUGCCCGCUCUGGUCUGCCGUUGGGCACUCGUGUCGCCCGUUGAUGGCUCCGGGGACGACCCGGGCAGUGCCAUUACAUUCCCGGGCGCGCAUUGCGUGUCCGGGCUUGAUCUCGCACCCCACGACUUUGGUGCGUCAGCAGCAACUCCAGACACUGAAUCAACGCGAGUCCGUCAGCCUCGCGCCUCGCGCUCGUAAGUUCGAUGAACAUGCGACGCACUGCCUCAUCCGGAUGUAUUCCCAUCUUGCUACAGCUUGUGUUGCGCGAUCCGGAAGCGGGUGGGACAUUGGUGUUCGCAAAUUGCGCGUCGGGUUCUUCGGCAAGGGCUUCCGAUUGGCACACCGAUUCGAGCUGUUCAUGGGGUCAGUAUAGCCCUGUCCAUUACGAGAUAGUAGACAAACCUUACGUGCGAUGUCUGGAUGCUGUAUUCGUCCGGUGUGUUCGUCAAACCAUCGAGUAGAUAUACGUUGCCCGCAAUCAGACCAAGUCCCAAAUAUGGCAGUUGUGAGUGUACCGCAGAUGCUCGCCACGACCAUUACAGUGAUACCUGUU